AUGAAUAACUCAACAGAAAAUUAUGAAAGAUACGAAAAUUUUGGAACCCUAGAAUCGGAUAUUUUUUGCAGUGCAAACGCUGCCUACGAUGGCUUUUCCGCGACAAGUGAUAAAAAUCAUAAAGUAACUCCGCCAAGCACAACUAGUAAUUACAAUCAGUAUUCUACAACCUCUUUUGCAAAUGAAUCGACCUCUUACAAUUCACAAUCUAUCGGUCAUAAUGCUAUUGAACAACAGAUGAUUCUAGAACAAAAUCUACCAACAUUUGUUCCCCAACUUAAUAGACCUUCAAUUAAUUCACCUAUAUCGACUAAUGCUAGCUCUCUCCAAAUACAAACGGUUGAAAUUCCUGGUUAUACAAUUAUUAUAAUCCCCAAAUUUUCCCCAUUGGCAAGUUUAACUGGUUUAGACGUACAAAAUCAAAUUCAACCAGGCAAUGGUCGUUUGGAUAAUUCUUCUUAUUCGGUUAAUCCACCACAAUUAAAUCAAAAACAGAAUUUUCCCUUUACAGUAAAUGGAUAUGAAUCUACACAUUUAAACGUGCAACAUCAACUUCAACCAGGCAAUGUUCGUUUGAAUGAUUCUUCUUAUUCGGUUAAUCCAGCACAAUUAAAUCAAGAACAGAAUUUUCCCUUUACAGUAAAUGGAUAUGAAUCUACACAUUUAAACGUGCAACGUCAACUACAACCAGGAAAUGUUCGUUUGGAUAAUUCUUCUAAUUCGGUUAAUCCACCACAAUUAAAUCAAGAACAGAAUUUUCCCUUUCCAGCAAAUGGGUACGAACCUACAUCUUGUUUACCAAAUUUAGACGUGCAACAUCAACUUCAACCAGGCAAUGUUCGUUUGGAUUAUUCUUAUUCGGUUUAA